UCAGAUAAUCCGUAUGGAAAGUACAGAUUUGAAGAAUAGGAUAUAACGCAUAUAUAUAUUGUUUGCUAUUAUCUUUUGUUCACUAAUAUGCAAAUUUUAUUAAUCAUGAUUCAUACUAUUACUAUAGUGACGAUAAUGAUUUGAUACAAGUUGAUCAAAAUGCCAAUCGGAGCAAAGUCGUUUGCAACCUCAGCCGCCAAAAGCUUGACACAAUUCAAGGGUACAGCCCUAAAUACUGGCAUAGCGGUUCUCACAGUGGUUCUCGAAGAAGUCUUGAACCGUGCGGUUUAUUACUGCCCUUGCGUAACUCCAAGUGAACUAGGUGAUUGCUUCAGCACGAGUAACAGCAUCAAUUCUUCGUUUAAGUGCACAGCCGAAAUUAAUCACACAUACGGACUAUCAUAUAUUUUCGGACCUGCCAUCGCUCUGUUCUUCUUUAUGGCAGCUUCUUCACCAAGGUUAUGGAAGACAUUAACUGGAUGUUGCAACAAGGACAAGGACUCGAGGCGACGGAAAGAUCGGGUGCUGUGGACUUUUAUUGAAAUAUUUGGCAGAGCACUCAUAGCCCCGGUAACGUGGGUAUGCUUUGCGUUAUUAGAUGGAAGGUAUUAUGCUUGCGCAGUUACUCCACUGCCAUAUGAUAUCGGGAAAACUGGCCACCAAUACAGCUCUUGUACAGAGGUCGCAAAGGCUGUUAAACCUGCGUAUUCGGAUGCAUACAGUGAUAAUAGAAGUUAUUCACAAAUCUGGGGAUGGGUAUCUAUAGCAUCGUGUGUCGCCUUCGCUUUUGUCAUUUAUUCGAUUUCCCGUUGCGGGUAUCCGUUGACGUAUUAUCACGCAAAAUAUUUCGAUUUGUACCGAAGGUUUGAAGAAGAGGAAUUUGACGAUGAAAUGAAGAUUAAGGCCCAGAAAGAAGCUGAAAGCAACAUUCGGAAAUUCAUGUCAAAAAAUCGAGAAAAAGCUUUAUGGGACCGAAUUUCUACUGUAUUUUCAUUCCAUAGAAAUCCUAAAAAUAUUGCAUUAUAUUCCUAUCUGCAUGAGUUCAUAAUUGAAGAAGAAAAAAACAAGCCGCUGUUAGAGAUAGAGGCCGGGGUCGUAGAGACAACAACGACGGUUUCGACAGAUGGAGAAGUAGAAGACGAAGUUUAGAUUAUUUUAUAAUUAUAUAUAGGGUGAACAAAACGUCCUGCUUUUGCCAAAAAGUCUGAUCUGAUGAUUGAAUGUUUGAUUGUUCACGCACCGCUCCAGGUAACUUAUUUGCUUUUUUACACAAUUCGGGCUGCCUAAAAUAAUUAAACGACGACUUGAAUCAACUGAAAUAUCAGUGACUGCAAAAGAGACAAUUGACUUAUUAAAGUUGUCUAUACAAUUUUAGUUUCGUUUUAUGUUUCGAACGUUAAAGCAGUGGAUGCGAUUCUCAAGAUAGAAUUCUAUUCAUCACAGUGCUAUCUCCGACACCGCGCAAAUCAAUAAAUUAUUGAAUGUCAAAAUCUCAACCUCAUAUAUAUUGAACGAUCAGAUCAACAAAACUUUUUUUUUUAAUUUGCUAACAACUUCAUACUUAAUUUUACCAAUCUGUACCAAAAUACAUUUCUGCUAGUCUAAAAUUACAUUCAGCACAUUUUAUGGAAUUUUUCAAUGCCCCUAAUAUUCAUAUAAAUUGUAUAUAUGUAUAUUUCAACAUAAUUGUUUGUUUUCUAGAGAAACGCCUUGUUAUCCAUACCGCGUAAUAAUUGUAAAAGAAGUUAUUUUAUGACUAUGUUAUUCAGUACUAGUGUAUUUAUAUUUUUUUAUAUUGUUGCAAUUCUACUAGUGCUUUUGUAAAAAGGAACCAUGCAGUUACAAGUUUUGAAGAGCAUAAUCCCCACCCUCCAGUGAUUAGUCGUAUAACGUGUUUCCCCGAAAGUAAGACUGGUCUCAUCUCACUUUUUUGCGGAAAAUAACACUAAGGCUUAUUUUCGGGGGAUGUCUUAUAUUUUCAUUUAUCUAAACAAAAUAACAAAGUAGAGAAUUACGAGAUUUUCAAAUAUACAAAAUAUAAAAACCGAUAUCCAUUUACUUUUAAGUAACACACUUUCGUUCAAAAUAACUGCAAAACAUAGAUUAUCAAUCAUUUCAAACGUGUAGGGGAGAUUUCUUGCUAUUGACUAGGUCAAAAAAAAUCGUGUUAUUCACUACGUCUUAUUUUAAAGGGAGGGCUUAUAUUAAAAUCAUUUUUAAAAUUCAGACUAUGUCUUAUUUUCGGGGAAACACGAUAUAUAUUCCGAUGAAAGAUUUAUAAACUUGUUAACGAUUGCAAAGAAUGGCUCAACCGCCAUACCUUCAUGACUAUUUAAAUACAAUUUAUUCAAGAUAUUUCAAACAUUUCACUGAUUUAAUUCUUAUUCAUGUAAUACUAAAUUUUUAAUAUAUAUACAAUCAUUCUUUCAUACCGAAUAAAUGAAUGAAAAAAGACACCAGGUUGA